AUGGUUAGGUGGCCUAUCUGCGGACCAAAGUUAUCAUUAUGCUGUUCGAUUAUAUCAGUAUGGGGUAUUAUACAAUUUGUGUUCAUGGGAAUAUUUUUCUUUACGCAAGCGGCACCAUUAUUAGAUAGUUUCGAAUUUAAAGACGAGGAAGUUAAACAAGACUCUUUUGAAAUCGAUCUUAGAAAUGCAUACAGUCAACGUGCAUACAAUUGUUGGAUUGCAGCAUUUCUCUACACUGGUUUAUUAGUUUUUGCUGGCUCACAAUUUAUGACAAAUCAAAGACUAUUAUCAGGAUCCACUACUGCCAAUCCGAUGGCAUCAGCUUUCGCAGGUGUUACAACCGAAGAGAAUGGCUUCAAUCGACAAUAUGGAAUGCAAUUUGAUGGAGAAUAA